CUUUUUUCCUCUUGUUCUUUUAUCCAUUUUUGUUUUAUAUCAACUAAAAAAAAUGGGUGUCUUUGACGAAGUAAAAUCUAGAAAUUUCUCUCUCUACGCACAAUGGCUUGGUAUCAUUUCUAUUAUCCUAUUGAUUGCUUUAGGUAUUGUUGGAUUUCUUCAACAUUGGAUCUUUAGUGUGGUGGGAUGGAUUAUUGCAUUUAUUCUUGUUCUUGUAGAAAUUCCGUUAUGUUUAAAGUUCUGCCCUACCAGCCCCAAAUUUGAUGGCUUCAUUGCGUAUUUCGAAAACUGUUAUUUCCGUGCCAUUUUAUAUUUGGUAUUUGCCGUGGUAAUGUUCCUCUCGAAUUUGGUCAAUGUCGGACCUCUUAUUGCUUGUGGUGUUUCACUCCUGCUUGCUUCAAUCUGUUACGGUAUUGCUGCUUUCACAGGUCAAGCAUUUGCCAGUUCAAAAAUACUUGGUGGAACUGGUGUCGAUAAUGUUAAAUUAGCACUUCUUCGUGCCGAAAUCGAUGGUGCUAAUACGCGCGCAGAUGAAUAUACUGCCACUGUGAAACAACUAGAAGGUGAACACAUUCAAAAGGAUCAUGAACUUCACUCUUUACAAUCAAAGGUUAAAUUGUUGGAAAAGCAGCUGGAUAAGACUGAAGCUCAAAUUCAGACAGCUUCGACAAAUUUUCAGGAAGCUGAUCUUAGAGUUGAGCAAUUGGAAAAGAAGACAACUCAACUAGAACAAGACUUGGAGGCUGCCGAAAAGAGAAACGAAGAAUUGAAGGACCUUUAUAAGGCCGCCAAAGAAGAAAUGGAGGAGUUGGAGCGUCAACUGGAAGGCGUUUAAAUAAUCUUUAAUAAACAACACAUUUUUGUUCCUAAAUACUAAGGUCAUCGUCUUUCGACUGUACCUUCGUAAACUAAUAGUAUGAAAAAUCAAGUUUUACUACUCCUUUGGA